UCCCAGUCCCGGUGCCAGCCCCGUUCUCGGUUUAUCCCGGUUUGUCCCGGUUUAUCCCAGUCCCGGUGCCAGCCCCGUUCCCGCCGCCACGUGCCCGUUCCCGGCGUGUCCCGCUCCCUCUCCCGCCUGUCCCCUCGGUGCCACCCCCGCCUUUUCCCAGUGCCCGCUCCCGGUGCCACCCCCUUUUCCCAGUGUCCCGUGCCCGGUGCCACCCCCGGCCCGGUGCCACCGCGAUUCCCGGUGUCGCUCCUGUUCCCGGUGCCACCGCGAUUCCCGGUGCCACAGCGGUUCUAGGCUGGUGGCCAUGGCGAUGGCGGCGGCGGCGGCGGGCGCCCGGCGGGGCCCGGUGCUGACCCCCGAGUCCAUGAACCCCGCGGUGCGGCGCGUGGAGUACGCGGUGCGCGGCCCCAUCGUCACCCGCGCCCUGGAGCUGGAGCAGGAGCUGAGAAAUGGUGUCCCCAAGCCCUUCACCGAGGUGAUCAAGGCCAACAUCGGUGACGCGCAAGCCAUGGGCCAGCAGCCGAUCACCUUCCUGCGACAGGUGGCCGCCCUGUGCCUCUGCCCGGAGCUCAUGAAGGACGAGGCGCUGCCCAGCGACGCCAAGGAGCGGGCGCGGCGCCUCCUGGCGGCCUGCGGCGGCCAGAGCGUGGGCUCGUACAGCGCCAGCCCGGGGCUGCCGCUGGUGCGGGAGAAGGUGGCGCGCUACAUCGAGCGCCGCGACGGCGGCGUCCCCGCCAACCCCGGCGACAUCUUCCUGUCCACGGGCGCCAGCGACGCCAUCGUGAACAUCCUGAAGCUGCUGGUGUCGGGGACAGGCUCCUCGCGGACCGGGGUUCUGAUCCCCAUCCCGCAGUACCCGCUGUACUCGGCGGCGCUGGCCGAGCUCGAGGCGGUGCCGCUGGGUUAUCUCCUGGCCGAGGAGCGCUGCUGGGCGCUGGACGUGGCCGAGCUGCGCCGGGCGCUGGCCGAGGGCCGCGGGCGCUGCUGCCCCCGCGUGCUCUGCAUCAUCAACCCCGGGAACCCCACCGGCCAGGUGCAGAGCCGGGAGUGCAUCGAGGACGUGAUCCGGUUCGCCUACGAGGAGAAGCUUUUCCUCAUGGCCGACGAGGUGUACCAGGAGAACAUCUACGACAAGGACUCGGCCUUCCACUCCUUCAAGAAGGUCCUGGCCGAGAUGGGGCCGCCCUAUGCGGACUCGGUGGAGCUGGCGUCGUUCCACUCCGUCUCCAAGGGAUACCACGGAGAGUGCGGGCUGCGGGGCGGCUACGUGGAGGUGGUGAACCUGCACCCCGAGGUGAAGGCCGAGCUCUCCAAGCUCGUGUCCGUGCGCCUGUGCCCGCCCGUGCUGGGCCAGGUGGUGCUGGACGGCAUCGUGGACCCGCCCCAGCCCGGGGACCCGUCCUACGAGCGCUUCCAGGCGGAGAAGACGGCGGUGCUGAGCUCGCUGGCGGAGAAGGCGCGGCUGACGGAGCAGAUCCUGAACCGCACGCCGGGGAUCCACUGCAACCCCGUGCAGGGCGCCAUGUACUCCUUCCCCCGCAUUGACCUCCCGCCACGCGCCCUGGCCGCCGCCAAGGAGAAGCAGCAGGCCCCGGACAUGUUCUUCUGCAUGCGGCUCCUGGAGGAGACCGGGAUCUGCGUCGUGCCCGGCAGCGGCUUCGGGCAGAAGGAGGGCACCUUCCACUUCCGGAUGACGAUCCUGCCGCCCACGGAGAAGCUCAAGCAGGUCCUGGAGCAGCUCAGCUCCUUCUACACCAAGUUCGUCAAGGAAUUCUCCUAACGAGGAGGGCGGGGCCACCUCCCCUCGUGUCCCCUCCGUGUCCCCUCUGUCACCUCCCGCCGUUCCCACCCGGGAACGUCUCCGUAAUUUUUUUUCGGGAAUUCCGGGGCGGGUCCCCGUUGUCCCCCGUUGUCCCCUCAGGGAGGUGUCCCCAAAUAAAGGACGAGUGACCG